AUGAAAGACAAUGCAUGGGAGGAAAUUAGCAAAUGUCUCGGAAUAAGUGACUGCCGUACCAAAACGAACUAUAAAAUAAAAAAGAGUUAUGUUAUUAAUUUUUCAUUUCUGUUCUUUCCAGUGACGCAGUGCCAGGAUCGUUGGAAGAAACUGCGAGAUAACUUCAGAAAAGCCUAUUAUAACCGAAAAGGCAAGAGUGGCGAUGGUGCAACUACGUCCAAAUUGAUAAAAUUUGAAAAAGAACUUUCUUUUAUAAUACCAUUUUUUCGCAAUCGAAACCAAAUAUCUAAUGUAACAUUAUCAUCGGAUGAUUCAGAGCCUGGCACACCAAUACCACCACCAUCGACAUCAUCUAAACGUUCUGACCAUUCUGAAGUUGAAUCGCUUGCAAGUACUUCUGGCUCGAAAAAGAGACCACGCUUAAGCAAAGAUGUUGCUACGGUUUUCGAAGAGUAUCUUGAAGAAAAAAGAAAUACUACACCCCGUGACAAGGCAUUACGUAAUUUUUUUUUGUCUAUGUCAGAUACAGUGGAAACAUUCCCAAAAGAAGUCCAAGCACGAAUUAAAAGGCGCGUGUUUAACAUUGUUAAUGAAGCUGAAUUAAGUCUGUAUGAAAAUAGUACAGAUUUGAAUUAUUCUUUGUCUAUAAAUUCACCGCCAUCGACUAAUCAAUCUACUUACCUAGUGUCAAACGAAACCUAUAUUCCUCAAAACUAUCCAGAUCAGACUACUUACGGGUACAAUACCAGCACACAAAAUACAAAAUAAUAAACAAUCAAAAACAAUAAUAAUUAUAAUAAUAAUAAUUAAACACACACAAAUCUGUACUAUUUAAUUACAUUUCAUUAACGUAAAUAAUGCUUAAUAAAUGGAGGGCUGUGAUUUUGUGAUCUAUUUAGAUGUUUGUGUUAUUUAACAUGAUUAGUAUAAGUAAUUUACAUUUCAUUAACGUAAACAAUGCUUAAUAAAUGGAGGGCUGUGAUUUUGUGAUCUAAAUAACAUGAUUAGUAUAAAUAAUUGUUUUUUAUUUACCUUAAAGUUACCGUUAACCUUUCUUCGGCUGUAAUGGUGCAACGAUAAUUUGUAGUCUUUUUUGUUAUAUGUACUCUUAACAAAUCUGUCAAUUUCAAAAAUUGCCAAUAUUCCAUACGAUAAUACUCAUAAAAUUUUAGGCUAUCUCUCUUCAAUUCCUCGAAAAUGGUGUGAAACUCCCCAUGGAUUAGUCUGUUUUUCCAAAUAUGUUUUACCCAUAUUUGUUUCCGCUUGCGCUUACGUUUCCUAUGUUCUAUUUCAAGUAAUCUUGCUAACAAAUAUAUUUCUUCGUCGGAGCUAUCUAAAUCCAUGUUUCGAAAAGCACACGUUAACACACCGAAAACAAAACUUAGACUGCGCGGAAUACUGGCACUGCCUUUGUAGUGUAUCCACCCGACUCCGAGCGCAUCCGACCGGCUCCGAGCACAUCCAACCGCACCCGCUUUCAGAUCUCUUCCAGCCGGUCGAUGUGAAAUAGUUGGCGGCUCCGCUCCGGCCAAUUCCAAGCGUAUACGACCCGGUCUGUGUGAAAAGAAAAAAGCAGGCCGAUGCUCUCCGAGCCGGUCUGUGUGAACGGA